CACACGAGUACGGUACCAUUUGGGUCUCUCUUUUAUCGUUUCUAUUGUCCCUAGUGCUUAGCCACACCCCAUUCUCACCUAACAUUUUAGCCUUAUCCCAUACUUUCUUGCUAACCUGCGCAUCAACCCCUUUUCUUUCACCUUAUCCUUCACUCGCCACCCCUCUACUUCCAUGGAUCCCCCUGGCACAUCCACGUAUCCAUCAUCGAAUCAAACAAUAUUCACUAGACUAGAAAUGUGAUGUUCCAUUGAUUUCAUUUCUCAAGCUCUGAAGCUCCAAGAAGAUACAUCAUACAUCGCCAUUCAACGUCUGUUUAGGGCUUUUUUCUUAUUUUACGUUUUGUUUAAAUCUUCUUCAAAGUAUCCGUUUAUGGCGGGAAGUGACCAAAUUAACGUCUGCGAAUCAAAGAGGGUCGUUCCACUGAAUCAAUGGAUCCUCAUGUCUAAUUUCAAGCUGGCUUACAACCUUCUCCGGCGACCGGACGGUACUUUCAACCGCCAUUUAGCAGAAUUCCUCGACCGGAAAGUCCCAGCGAACGUGAAUCCCGUCGACGGAGUUUUCUCCUUCGAUAUCGUAAUCGACCAAACAAUUAACCUUCUCUCUCGAAUCUACCGACCUGCAAACGACACUGAACCCGAUGCAACACUCUCCACAACAUUCUCUCAACUUAAAAAACCCGUAUCAACCUCCGACGUCGUCCCCAUCAUAAUAUUCUUCCACGGUGGUAGCUUCGCCCAUUCAUCUGCAAAUAGCGCAAUCUACGACAUUCUUUGCCGCCGCCUCGUCACUCUCUGCAACGCGGUCGUGGUUUCUGUAAACUACCGCCGUGCUCCUGAAAACCCUUACCCUAGCGCAUACGACGAUGGCUGGACUGCUCUUGAAUGGGUCAACUCACGUCCAUGGCUACAAUCCAAAGACUCAAAAGCUCACAUCUACCUCGCCGGAGACAGCUCCGGUGGCAACAUCGUCCAUCAAGUCGCUUCACGUGCAGUCAAAUCCGGAAUCCAAGUCCUCGGAAACAUACUUUUAAACCCAAUGUUUGGUGGGAACACAAGAACUGAAUCUGAGAAACGUUUGGAUACAAAAUACUUUGUGACAAUUCAAGAUCGAGAUUGGUAUUGGAAAGCUUUUCUUCCUGAAGGCGAAGAUAGAGAUCAUCCAGCUUGUAAUCCUUUUGGGCCAAGAGGUGUAACUCUUGAAGGAGUUAAAUUCCCGAAAAGUCUUGUGGUUGUUGCUGGUUUGGACUUGAUUCAAGAUUGGCAAUUAGCGUAUGCAGAUGGGCUUAAAAAAGCUGGACAAGAUGUGAAACUUCUAUACCUUGAAAAAGCUACAAUUGGGUUUUACUUGUUGCCUAAUAAUGAUCACUUUCAUACAGUGAUGGAUGAGAUUCGCAGCUUUGUGACACCAAUCUCUGAUUCUAAGGGGUUUGGCUGGAUCUGGAAGUAUGUGUUUUGUUGCUUCUGCUUGAAGAAAAGCGUAUAACUUGGUGUGUGGUUGAAAGAACGCCAUUGUUGUUUGUUGACUCUGUUUCAUGAGAUCCUACUUUCCAACUUCUGGAUCCAAAGGAGAGGAAGAAAGGAGAGCAUCCUAAUUCCUGAAGGUUAUUUUUACUUAGUUUUUUUUAGCAUAUGUGUUGUUGAUUUGAGUUUGUGGGAUGAACAUGAACCCUUAUAUAUAUAUUAUGUGUAUACAUGUUUUAAGAGACGCAUAUUAUAUAUAUAUGAAAUAUAAAUAUGUUUGUUGGUGUUUCAGUAUGGCUUCUUCUUGUUACGUUUUCUCUGUUUGAUUCUGAU